GGAAACAGCACUAUUAUAGAUCAUUAAUAUCUCGCAUUUAGAAGAAUAUUUAUCGAAAUAAAAAAAGAACACACAUGCUAUCUGAAUAACAAAAUAGGUGAAAAGGAUGAUUGAUGAUUCCGAGAAAUUAAAUCUGAAAUAAAAAAAGAGAUGCUGCGGAUUCGGGAUGGGUUCAGAUUGUAAACACGCGAAAACGAUCGUUAUUUUUAUCCGUGACAACGAAAACGCGAUAAACUGGCAUCCAUGCGAGCCGUUCCCAUAAACGUUAAUUAAAGUUAACUGAGAUUUAAUGGACUCCCUCCCUUGCUUCUUAGAAAGAAGCGAGCGAUUGUUCAAACUUGAAUCGACUUAAUUGGUAAUUGUAGCAAACGGAGCAUACAUUGUACGAUGCUGCUGAAAAUUGUGCUCGAAAUUGUGGUCCACUUUAGUUUUUCAUUCAACUUGUGAUCUCGUAUGCCGCUGGGCAUCGGGAGUUUAAUCUCCUCUCGAUCAGCUGGGGAUUUCCCGCUUGAAAUCACGACGGCGAUUACGGAAUCUAGGAUUACGCGGCCGAUUGUUCUUCCACGAAAAUGACGAUCGCCACGUAUCACGGUUACGCGAGUCCAUUUGUGCCAGUUUGCGCCGCCUUUCUCGACAAUAUUAUUUGCAGCCCGCGGGUAUUAAGUUUCCUAUGCACAUUCGCGUGCAGCGCGAAUGCCAUUCUAUCGCGAUAGCGCACGGCCUCCGAAACGUUUGCUUCUCGGCAUCGAUUAAAAGUCGAUGACAUUAUUCGAUUCGACGAAUCUCAAUAAGAAUUACGCGGUAAAGCGUGUACGGUAAGAGUAAGUGCGAUGAAAAUUUUGAAAUUAUGCACGGCGAGGAGAAAACUUUUCUUUCAACUACCUUCAAACGCGACGUAAAUUAUCUUAUUGUGCUAGGCAUUAUCUGUUACUGCGAUGGACACUGCCCGGACGGUAGGCAAAACGGAACCUGCGAGUUGCGAGCCGGAGGACAAUGUUUCAGCGCCGUGGAGGUGGUGUGGGAGUCCGAUGCGGGAGAAAACGUGCCCGAGUAUUCAUUUGGGUGCCUGCCACCUGCAGAGAGCGGUUUUAUGCAAUGCAAAGGGAAUCAAGUUCCUCACUUACGCGAGAAGAGUAUAGUAUGUUGUAACAACACGGAUCUGUGCAACAAGGAACUAUUUCCCAGUAUAUCCUACAAGCCACGUCCUACCGCGGUUCCAAAUAGUUCGAUGGAUAUUACAACGGGAGCGCCAAUUAUUAUCCUAGCGGUGGUCCUAUCGGCAAUGCUAAUGAUUAUCGUGAUAACGAUAGGAAUCAUGUAUCAUAGAUGCUGGAAGAAAGAGGUAGAUCCGUGUCUAGUGCCAUCGCAAGGAACCCUCAAGGACUUUAUAGAUCAAAGCAGCGGAUCGGGCUCGGGACUGCCACUCUUGGUGCAACAGACUAUCGCGAAACAAUUAGCCAUGUCGCAGUGCGUGGGAAAAGGUCGUUACGGCGAAGUAUGGCUCGCCAGAUGGCGAGGUGGCGAAAAAGUAGCGGUGAAAGUUUUCUUUACUUUAGAGGAAGCAUCUUGGUUCAGAGAAACGGAAAUUUACCAAACUGUGCUGAUGAGACACGAUAAUAUCUUGGGUUUUAUCGCCGCCGAUAUCAAAGGUACUGGCUCUUGGACUCAAAUGUUACUGAUCACGGAUUAUCACGAAAGAGGCUCGUUACACGAUUACUUACAAGUAACCGUGCUAGAUCAUCAUGCUCUAUUAUUGAUUUGUUCGUCGAUCGCUUCUGGUAUCGCGCACUUGCAUACCGAGAUCUUUGGUACACAGGGGAAACCUGCUAUAGCUCACAGAGAUAUCAAGAGCAGAAACAUUUUAGUUAAAAGAAACGGAGAAUGUGCCAUAGCUGAUUUUGGACUGGCUGUUCGCUACAUUAGCGAGAGCGGAGAGAUUGACAUUGCGCCAAAUACUCGAGUGGGUACGCGACGCUACAUGGCACCGGAAGUGUUGGACGAAACCCUAAAUACAUCUUCCUUCGAUGCGUUUAAAAUGGCAGAUAUGUAUUCUGUCGGCCUCGUAUUUUGGGAAGCAUGCAGGAGAUGUAUCACGGGUGGUAAAAAUUCUACCGUUGAGCCUUACGCCUUGCCUUAUCACGAUGUGGUAUCAAGCGACCCAGACUUUGAGGAUAUGCGCAUGGUAGUCUGCGUGAAACGAUUACGUCCGAUUAUUCCGACAAAAUGGGAUAACGAUCCGACUCUAUAUGCGCUGAGUAAAAUAAUGUCGGAGUGUUGGCACGCGAAUCCAGCAGUUCGUUUAACUGCUCUUCGCGUUAAAAAGACACUAGUGUCGAAAGUAGAUCAUAAUUACACUAUCAAGUACGUAUAGCGUUUGACUCGACAAAAAAUUGACUCUACUAGUUAACAACUUUCUAUCCUUGUAAAUAUAGCUUUUAAUGUACAUAGAACUGUUUAUAGACUGCAGCCCUAAGACUGAUGAUUAAAAUUAAAUAUGCAAAAGAAAAAGAGAGAAAGAGAAUAUAUGAAUGAGCAUGUAUAUGCAGAAAUGUGAAUGAUUAAUUGUAAAAAAUGAAUGAUAUUGUAUAAUAAUAACUUGUAUAUAUAGAUAUGUUAGAGUGUCUCUCCAAAUUCGCGCAUUGCGUUUUAUCGAAGAAGAAAGAUCAAUUUUGCUGUAUGAAAAUAUUUUUAAAGAAAUCAAAGAUAAUAAAGAUUGCGGGAAACUUGGGACUUCUCUGAUAUAUGUAUAUAUAACUUCUUUUUAUAAAUAAUAUAUUUAUAAAAAAACGUGUUAUAAAAUCGCUAGGAUACGAUUUUAACACACUUACCAUGUUAAAGUUUGUUGUAAAUAUGUUAUUGAUGUAGACUACUAUUUACUAAAUAGUAUUUAGAUGUAUCUACUAUUUAUUAAAUAGUAGACUUAGGAAACUUAUUGUAUAAAAAAAGAAUAUAUCACACUGUUUUUGGGCUGGCAAAGCCACAGAACGAAUUCAGUGCGUGAAUAUGAUAUCGGAUACAUGUUACAAAAAUCAAAUUUAUUAUUUUUAUGUAAAAUACCUUAUAAUUGCAUCAGAUUAUCUUGUUUGGACAUAGGAAAUAUGUUUUAACAUGCAUUAAAUGAGAACUUUGUAAAAAUUACUACUCUCGCGACCUAUAUUAUAUGCUAUUUUCUCUUUUUUUAAGUAUCUCUCACACAAUAUAUUUAUUAUUAAAGAUUAACUUUGAUAUGCACAUACUAAAUUGUGCGCAUACUAAAUUUGUGAUGAAAUAAAAUUCAAAUAUAUUGACGAUUAUGAAGUAUCAUGCACAGACCUGUAUUGUAUUAUCUGUACAAUAUGUAAUUUAUAUUUCUAACUUGUAUACAAAUCAAACAUAUUAAUCCAUUUUAAAAAAUGAAUUAAUUAUCUACUUUGGUUGAUUAUCGAUCAUCCCAAGUUUUUGUUAUGCUGCCAAUGUACUUUUCGAAUUUAUAUGUUUUUGUACAGAGAAAGUAAUUGGAGAAAGGAAAAUUGUGAAAAAACAACUGUAUAGUGCAAUAACAAUGUAUAAUGUAGCAAA